AUGGGGACACAGAGUGGUUGUUUGACCUACUGUGAUCGUAACAUAGAAGAUCUUAAAGAUGAGCUUACAAAAUUAAUUGCGAAGAGAGAUGCGUUGCAAAGGUUGGUCAAUGAAGCCGAAAGGGAAGGGGAAGUGAUCAACUAUGAUGUUUUGAUUUGGCUACGCACGGUGGACGUGAUGAUCGGCAAAGUCUCGCGUUUUGAAGAUGAAGUCAACGGGAGAAGACGAUGCUUGUAUUGGCUGAGUUUGAGUAGGCAAGCGCAGAAGAUUAAACAACAUGUUGUUCAUCUCCUUGAAGAAGGAAAAUUCCAAAAUGUAGCCCAUCCAGCAGCUCCACAGAUCCAAAAUGUAGCCCAUCCAGCAGCUCCACAGACGAUACUGCCAACAUUAACAGCAGGCUGCUAUGAGAUGGGGAGUCAAAAGAACUUUACCCUCCCGAUGUUAACUGCAGAAGAAGCAUGGGAGCUAUUCCAGGAGACAAUAGGUGAACCCUUGGAUGCUGAUCCUGAUUUAUGUGAUAUUGCAAAAGCGCUCACAAAUGAAUGUGGAGGUUUACCGUAUAGUGUCGUAACUAUUGGGAAAGCGCUACAAAAUAAUAAGAGUAAGUAUGAAUGGGCUAAUGCCCUUCAGCAACUAAAAGCGCAUGAAAUUCCUCCCCAAGCUUAUUAUUCUAGUAUAAAACUCUGUUAUGAACGAUUGGAGAACGAUGAACUCAAGUCAUGCUUUUUACUAUGUUGUUUAUUUCCACAAGGUUACGAUAUUCCAAUUGAUUAUUUGGUUAGAUAUGCGUGGGGCCAAGGAAUAAUUUCUGACAGGUUUGAUUCAGUGGAGGCAGCAAGAAUGCGAGUACAUUUUUUAGUUGUCAAACUAAAAAGGAGGUUUUUGCUGCUAGAUAGCAGCAAGGAAGGCUGUACCAAAAUGCAUGGCGUAGUUCAUGGCGUUGCCAUAUCAAUUGCUUCCCAAGAUAUGGAUGUUUUUAUGGUACAAGAUCAAGCUGGAUAUAGAAGUUGGCAAAUAAAUCCUCCAUGCAAACAGUACACAACAGUUUCACUGAAUGAUGUUCAUAUUGACGACCCCAUUGUGACAGGUUUGGGGUAUCAAGAACUUAAACUUCUACAACUAAAAAAUAGCGAAGUUUCAGAAUCUGCCCUGGAAAGCAUGUUGAAAGGGAUGAAGCUCCAGGUUUUAUCUUUCAUACAUACAUGUUUAACAUCAAUUAGAGUGCUGCUAAGACACCUUCGGACCUUGUCUCUAGAUGAUUGUACACUGGGAGACAUAUCUAGUGUUGGGAAAUUGGAGAAUCUCGAGAUCCUCAGUUUUGCGCGUUCCAACAUCAAAGUGUUACCGAGAGAAGUUGCAGAUCUUCAACAAUUAAGGUUGUUAGAUACGACAGAUUGUUCUUAUCUAAAGGAAAUUCCUCAUGGUAUCCUAUCCAGAUUAAGUAAACUAGAAGAGCUGUACAUGACACGCAGCUUUAAUAAAUGGGAGCCUGCAGAGGAAGUCGAUCAAAGCAAAGAAGGUGAGAUCCGGAUGGCAAGCCUAGCUGAGGUGUUGUCUCUACCCUCUAAAAAUUUGACAGUUUUAGCCAUAGAUAUACCGGAUUUCAAGUUGUUGCCGGAAGAUGAAGUGCUCUUGGAAAAGGAAACAACAAGAUUUCAUAUAUCUAUAUGCAAGCCUAAUACUUUUCCUAUGCCACAACCCCUGGAUUACGGAUUUAAAAAUACUGUUAAGCUUGCUGGUGAUGCAAAGGAGUUCAUGCAAAAUGGAGAUAUUAGAUUUCUGUUGAAGUACUCUAGAGCCUUGUACUUCAGAGAAACUAAAAAUCUGAACUGUGUCCUCAAUGACCAAGUAAGUUUUGAAGGCUUGGAAGCUUUAUCGAUUCAAAAUAGUAAGCACGGCACAGAGUCUCUUAUAAGUGAUCGAACGGGUGAGACUGCCUUCCUUCAGUUGAAGUCACUUGAGCUAAACGGGAUAUCGGAUUUACUAGCAAUAUGUCAUGGGCAGCUUCAAAAUCAAUCUUUUGGCAACCUAAUAUCCCUUCAGAUCAGUUGUUGUUCUGAGUUAAGAUAUGCCUUUCCAGUGUCUAUAGCAAGAAACUUGGUACAACUCCAGUCCUUAGUUGUUUAUCUAUGCGACAAAAUGCAAGAAAUUGUCUCAAAUGAGGGGAUGGAAGAUGAGAUUGAUGCAUCUUCCAAGGUUGCUUUUCCUAAUUUAACGGAGCUCAAUCUGUCCGGUGUAUCAAACCUGGUUAGUUUCUACAUAGCCAACCAGCCAUGUAGCUCAAAACCUGAGGGGAACACUGAAGAAAUUCCGGUCUCCUUCACUCAACUACGAAAAGUGUCCCUUGCAAAUGUAACUCUGCUUGCACACUUGUGGAAGAACGUUCCAUGUCGAAUCCGGUGCUUUGAAAAUUUAAGGUUUUUAACAGUCCUAAGUUGUCACAGCUUGCAAUACCUGUUCUCCUACUCAGUGGCCAGGCAACUUGUGGGUCUUGAAGAAUUAAAAAUCUCUUAUUGCAGGACUAUGAAAACCAUAGUCGCACUUCAGUAUAAAGAAGAGAUAGGGUCCACAAGGAUCUUGUUUCCCAAAAUGAGUCUUAGACUACAAGACCUGUCAAGCCUUGUGAGCCUCAGUGAUGGUCCCAAGACUUUUAGCGACGAUGCUGAUAAUACUUUUGUAUGGCCAUCCACAAGAGUAAUGCACCUGAGAAGAUGUCCCAAAUUGGAGACAUUGGGUUCAUUGAUUCCACGAAAACAAAAACAAAGAAAGAAUAUUCCACAAAUCCAAAAGUUGGAUGCAGGUCCUAGUGAACACACUUCACAAAAAAAGAAUAGUCCACAACCAUCAGUUUCCCCACCAUUCUGGUCCAGUGAACACACUUCCAAAAAAGAG